CACUUUCACAUUUCAACAUUUUCCGACAAAAGGAAAUCGCCGUAUUCUCUCAGAACUUCCUCUGAAAGCUCUAACGUCACCUGCCAUCUCUCCGGCGCCUAGCGCCUUAUCGCCGCCCAUUUCUCCCUUGAGGAUUCCACCUUCCGGACCUCCAUCGUUAAUCUCCUCUUCUACUCGCAAGAUCACUCGCUCAUUCUUCUUGCCAGAAGAAUGGCUGCCGCGUAUGUUCUGUCCCGGCGAUCUUCGCCUUCGCACCUGUUCGGGAUGGCGCGUUGUGCUACUGCGUCUUUGAGAUCUUACUCCACGUCUUUUAGGGAGGAAAGAGAUACGUUUGGACCGAUUAACGUUCCCUCCGACAGAUUAUGGGGAGCUCAAACGCAGAGAUCGUUGCAGAACUUCGAGAUCGGAGGAGACCGUGAGCGGAUGCCUGAACCUAUAGUUCGUGCCUUUGGCGUACUUAAAAAGUGUGCUGCCAAGGUAAACAUGGAAUAUGGUCUUGAUCCAACUAUUGGGAAAGCCAUAAUGCAAGCAGCCCAAGAAGUAGCCGAGGGAAAGUUAAAUGAUCACUUUCCGCUAGUUGUAUGGCAAACUGGAAGUGGCACUCAGAGUAACAUGAAUGCCAAUGAGGUCAUUGCUAACAGAGCAUCAGAGAUCCUUGGCCAUAAACGUGGUGAGAAGUUUGUGCACCCGAAUGACCAUGUUAACCGGUCACAAUCUUCUAAUGAUACAUUCCCAACUGUAAUGCACAUAGCAGCUGCAACAGAAAUUAAUUCCAGAUUCAUACCAAAAUUGAAAACUUUGCAUUCAUCACUAAACUCAAAGUCCAUUGAAUUCAAAGAUAUUGUUAAGAUUGGACGCACUCACACUCAAGAUGCCACACCAUUAACCCUUGGGCAAGAGUUCAGCGGCUAUACCACACAAGUGAAGUAUGGUAUUGACAGAGUCUUGUGCACUCUACCUCGAAUGUAUCAGCUUGCCCAAGGUGGAACUGCUGUUGGAACUGGAUUGAACACAAAGAAAGGAUUUGAUGUGAAGAUAGCUGCAGCAGUAGCUGAAGAAACAAAUUUCCCGUUUGUGACGGCAGAAAACAAGUUUGAAGCUCUGGCGGCACAUGACGCUUUUGUUGAGACUAGUGGGGCUCUUAACACAGUUGCUACUUCCUUGAUGAAGAUUGCUAAUGACAUACGCCUGUUGGGAAGUGGUCCACGUUGUGGUCUUGGUGAACUUAUUCUUCCCGAAAAUGAGCCAGGCAGUAGUAUUAUGCCAGGGAAGGUCAACCCUACUCAGUGCGAGGCUCUCACUAUGGUCUGUGCUCAGGUUAUGGGAAACCAUGUGGCAGUAACGGUUGGUGGAUCAAAUGGACACUUUGAGCUUAAUGUAUUUAAGCCAAUGAUCGCCAAUGCUCUUUUGCAUUCAUUGAGAUUAUUAGGAGAUGCUUCUGCUUCAUUUGAAAAGAACUGUGUAAGAGGAAUUCAAGCUAACACGGAAAGAAUUUCGAAAUUAUUGCGUGAGUCGCUGAUGCUCGUCACAGCUUUGAACCCUAAAAUUGGUUACGACAAUGCUGCUGCAGUUGCAAAGACAGCCCACAAGGAAGGAUCCACUUUGAAGGACGCUGCAUUGAAGCUUGGAGUUCUAAGCGAGGAAGAGUUUGAUAAACAUGUGGUGCCUGAGAAGAUGAUUGGUCCAUCUGAUUGAUAAAAAGUUGUUUUGUGUUUGGCUCAUUGUUUCAUCAAAAUAAUUUUGAUAGGUACUUUCAUUUUUCUCCUAAAAGGAAGAAGAAAUCCAUUUUUAUGAGGAUUGAACUGGAUAAUAAAAAGACCACAUAUAAUAGGAUCUCUCCUAAGGAUUGUGGUCGUUCCUCUUGUAUUUUCUAGAAAAUUCUCUCACCGGAAGUAAUUAAUAAUUUAUUUUGGAUACAUUUUUUGUGGUA